UAUAUAGGCGCUCCUGUUUUUAUCUCAGCCGUCCUUGAAAAUCUCGCCAUCGAGAUCUGUGCUUUAAACAUUGGCGCAAUAGAACAAAUAUUUUUUGAACUCUUUGUGGUUUUAUGUUUUUGGGGAUUUUCUAAUUUGGCCAUAGUAUCUGAAUAUUUCGAUUUUUCUUGUUUUGUUUUAGAUUUAGUUUACCUUUGUGUCUGUACAUGGAUGAAAAAGCUAUUGUUUUAUGCAUUAGAUCUUGGUGGCACAAAUUUUCGUGUUAUGUGGGUUCAGUUACGUGGUAAAGGAAGUAAGACCAAACAAGAAUCCAAGGAGGUCUCAAUCCCGCCACAUUUGAUGGUUGGGUCAUCUCAUUUUUCUGAUGCUAUCAUGGGGUUAUGGUUAAUGAAUUGUUUCUUUAUUGUUGCUGCCUUGCAAAAUUUGUUUCUAAGGAAGAAAAAGGUGAAGAGUUUCAUGAUUUUCAUCUCCCCCGGGCUGGCCAAGGGAGCAUUACCUUUUUCGUUCUCUGUCAGGCAAUUAUCAUUGGAAUCAGGAACUCUCAUAAAGUGGUUGAAUGGUUUCCUUAUAGAAGAUGCGGCGCACUUGCAGAAAUUGAAGGAGCUUAAC